UGCUAAUUUGCGACCUUGCGAAGAACUUUAGAGGGUGAGGCUACGUGCUCGAUUGAACGGAAGAAAUGACAGAAAGAGAAAGGACUAAUUUUGAUCUCCCUUGUCAUGGCAUUUUCACCAGCUUUCCCUGCAGUGCUACUGCGUAGCACUAGUAGAACCUUAAAGGAUUGCUUACAUGUAAGCAGAAGGUUCUCACGAUCGCCUCAUUUAUCGCAGGAGGCAAUUGAUUACGGAUAUGUGGCGGUUGCGGAGGCCCAGGCCUUCAUGGAGAGGUGUAUGGUUGCCACAGGGGUUUCCACCGAUCAUGCAUCAGCCCUAGCGGAAGUCCUGGCCUGUGCUGACCAUAGAGGGCACUAUAGUCAUGGGAUGAACCGCUUAGAAAUGUAUGUUAAAGACAUAAAGAGUGGUAUCACAGAGAAGACUGGAGAGCCUACUAUAUUAAAGGAACUUGCAGGUACAGCUUGGGUGGAUGGUAAUAAUCUACUAGGUCCCGUCGUGGGGAAGUUCUGCAUUGAUCUUGCCAUAAAGAAAGCCAAGGAAGCCGGUAUAGGAUGGGUGGUUGCAAAAGGUUCCAAUCAUUACAGUAUUGCUGGAUGGUACACAUUAAGAGCUAUAGAGCAAGGGAUGAUUGGUCUUAGUACUACAAACACAUCACCUCUAGUGGUACCUACACGAGCAAGAAAGGCAAUGUUUGGAACAAACCCUAUAUCGUGCGGUGCACCGGCCGAGAAUGGGGAUAGUUAUGUACUUGAUAUGGCCACAUCCACUGUAGCAUUGGGGAAGAUAGAAUUGAAUGCUGUCAAGGAGAUCCCAAUCCCGAACGGCUGGGGAUGUGAUGCUUCCGGAACGGAGUCUAAUGAUCCCAAAGCCGUCAUAUCAGGAGGAGGAUUACUCCCCCUGGGUGGGUCAGAGAUUGCUGGUGGAUAUAAGGGCUAUGGUCUCGCCAUGAUGGUGGAGGUUCUUAGUGGCAUCUUAGGAGGAGGGGCCUUUGGACCCAACAUUAGGAAAUGGAAAACAAGCAACCAAGUAGCAAAUCUGGGCCAGAUAUUUGUAGCGAUCAACCCUGAGGCUUUUGCGCCUGGUUUUGAAGGGAGAAUGAGCUCACUCAUGGACAUGUGUCGGAGUGCUGAACCAGCAGAGGGAGAGACAGAGGUUCUCGUAGCUGGUGACCCGGAAAGGAAGAACAUUGCCAAAGUUGAAAAAGAUGGUGGUCUGAGAUAUCACAACAACCUAUUGAGGAAUAUGGAUACCUUAGCAACAGGUCUCGGAGUAGAGCCCAUCAAGAGAAACUAAAUUGCUGACCAUCUCAUCUGUCCAUACACUUGUACUACACAGUCUACAUGCACAACAGUAACAGAUCUAGAGGAGAAUACAAGAUACUAUGUCUGUGAUUAUCAGUAAAGUGGCCUUUUAUUCAUUUGAAUGUUACCAUUUGCCAUUAUACCAUGAAUUGAAAUUCAUCAGUGCUUUUCUCAUACAGCCUUUAUCUUAAUAGAAAAACCAAUUAUACCCAUAUGUGUUCAAGACCUUUGGAAGUGCAUAGGGACAUUAUGUCGUAAUUUGAUAUGCACUUUUAUACUGUGUCUUAUUAUUAAGUGAGAGCACAAAUAACCAUAAUAUGUUAAUUUAAGAAAUUAAUAAAAAAUGAAUUUAACUUAUCAAGGAUGCACAUAUGGAUAUAUUUUCUCAGAGUACAGUUGGAUAUUUGUUUUGUAGGGUUGUUGUGGUAAUCAAAGUCAUAAUUGGGUUUUAGAUUAUAUCAUACAUGUAUAUAGUUUUAAGGGGACUUCGUGGUAAGUACUAUCCAGGGCCCCGAUCUGUUGGUUUUUUAAUGGAAAUGUUGUGGUGUAGUGGUUCCCACUCUCGCCUCUCCAACAGAGGGUCGUGGGUUCAAACCCUACUCCUGGUGUUAAUUUCCUUCAGCAAGAAAUUCAUCCACAUUUUGCUGCACUUGACCCAGGUGAGAUGAAUGGGCAUCUUGCAAGAUUUAUUCCUUGAACGCUUUAGCACCUACAUGAAUGGAAGCCCAGUUCAAGCCUGGGUAAUGACAUAAUACAUGUAUCCAAUGCAAUAGCAUCACACGGUCAGUUGAUAUUGUAUGAGUGAUGGAGAUAGUUUGGGGAAAAGAAAUAUGUAGUGUUUUUAAACUGAAGAAGUUUCCUUUGAAGAGAUGUACAAUUUUCAAGUGACAAAUGAAUUUAGAAUGUGAAACAAAACUUGAGAAGUAUUAUGCAGGACCUUGUAUUUGAUUCAAGAUUUUAUUGCAUUAAUAUGUGCAAGUGAUUACCAGAAUUGUGUAGCCUUUAUUUCUUUGUGGAGUCGAAGUGCUCUUAAACAUUGCACAAAUAAACCAUCUAUGUUUUUACUGUGGGACAAAAUACAUGUAGCUUGUUGAAUGUGAUAUGAUUGGUAGUUUAAGGAAAUGCAGUGUGUACAUGACCAGAAUCAUACUCUUCUUUAACAGAAGUUAAUGACUUUUUACCAUGUUGUCUACCAGAGGCUUCUGCUGGUGCUGCGAAAUUUGUGUAAGCUUCCUAACAUAGAUACAGAUUAUUUGGACUGUGUAGCCUUGAUUUCCCUAUGAAAGGCAGCUUUCAUGCCUCAGGCAACAUAGUUUUUUGUUUCCGAAGGCAUUAUCUUUUGGGGUUGUUCAUCGCAAUUUCAUUCUCUUGAUAGUGAAUAAAGAACAGUUUGACGGAUCUAUUUCAAGCUUGGGACAAGUAUGCGUGUAGGAAUGGCAAUGAUAUGAUUAGGUGUAUAGGGUUUGAUUGGUUGCGUCAAACUAGAUACAGUACAUGAAUGUAUAUUGUGGUGAUGGUUAUCUGGGUUUAUUAUUAUGAUUAGUUAUCUUUUUUUUUUUGGGGGGGGAUGUAGGGUGGGGGCAUCAAGAGAUCAAUGUUCAAGGUCACAGAGGUCAUUUGUAUUGAAUUUCCCCAUUCUUGCAAUAACUGGCAAACAGUCUGAUGGACCAUCUACUACAUGCACAUGUGCAUGUAUCAUUGCCAUGCAUGCAUACAUUUAUGUGAGGGGUUAUGAUCCUGAUUAGAUCUGGGGGUCAUAAGGUCAAACGUCAUAGUGGUCAUAUCUCUUUCUCAUGAUUACAGAAGAUGUGUUAUACAUAUAUAAUUUUAGCCUUGCCAUGGUAGAAGCAUGAAUUUUCAACUGCAUGAAGUUGAGAGUCCAUCUUAGGUUUUCUCGCACAAAUGAACAUUGUGUGUAUGAGUUUCUACCAGAAUAUCAAUGUUAUAUUUUCCUCGUGUUUCAGAUGUCCAUCUUUUAUCCAUUUUAUUCUUGUGUGUGUGUAUUUGAACAACUCAGAGCUACGCUAUUAUCAUGUAUGAUGUUUGUUUUGUAGAAGAUUUUAUACAAAGAUUCUGUAUGGGCCUUCACAAAUCUAUGUUAUUAUGGCCUUCUUUAUAUGUUUUUAAAUCAAAAGUUUGAUAUGUAUUCAUUGUACCCGGCGUCACAUUCUGAUCGUUAUUCCAUGGAAAAGACAGAGUAUCUUAAUCUCAGGCCGUUGUAGAGAGCCCUGUUUCAGGGAACUUGUUAUCAAUCUCAACUUUAAGAACUUACAAUUGAAAUCUUCUUAACUGAAACCAUGCCAUUUUUUUAGUCUGCAAGCAACUUACUUUGAAAUUCUGUACUGUUUUUUUUUAUGUGACUAUUGGGAGCAUUGCUAGUAACUUGUGAUUAAUUGCAAAUCUAUUAUUGGUCCUCAAAUGAAUCGUAUGAUUUGUAAGGCAUGAUAGAUACCGGUAGUAGGUAGAGUACGGGUUUUUGAUUCCGGUGAAUUUGGUUCGAUUCGCAUUAAGGUGUGCUCUUGCCCCUUAUGGUAAGGCAUUUAUUCAUUACCAGGUCCCUCUGAGAGGACCUUAAGCCAUCAGCGCUCUGGCUGAUUGCUUAGAAGCAUUUAUGCUCUCAUAGCAAUCAGGUAAAAAAUACCACCAUCCUCCAAAAUUAUUUUCAAGCUACCACUUUAAAGCUCUUAUCAACUGAGUGGAAUAUUUGUCAUAGAAUUCCUUUGCUUGUAUGAUUUAUAGAAAUGAUCCUAGUCGUUUGAACUUCCAUUAUAUAGGUCUGGUUUGAAUAAAUUCAAGCCAGAUCAAACACAAUAUGAGGAGAACCAGUAGAAUGUUUAACGUUUGCUUGUGGACUCGCUUUUCAGCUCGUUAAUGUUGGGGGGGGGGGGAUCGGCGCCGAGAGUUGUAAAUGCUCUGUUUGUAUUAUUUUUUUGAGACGGAAAGGAAUUCUGUGCAAAUUAGCGACGGCUAUUAUCCUGGCACCAACUCAAACGAACCUAAUCUUCCAGGAUAAGCCUUUUUUUCUGGUAAAGUUACAAGUCACUAGCUCUGUUACACAAAGGAUCGCAAUCAGGCUGUAAAUGGCAUUGGCCAGUCAGAAUCAUGGUUGCAUGCAUAUUUAAUUCAAAACUCUGUCAGGAGCCAAUCAUUAAUCUUUUUUUUAAUAUUUGCAUUCAUCACUAAACAUUUGUGUUACAGGCGUCCAAAAUGAUUAGAAUUAUAGUUUAACAGAUUUAAUUCAUGGAUGUAUCAAAAUAUAGUUUAUUUUUGUGAUCGAUAGCAGGUUUUAUGAAACGGCCUCGAUCAUGAAAAUAAAAGAGAUAUAAAGUAAUACUAUAACGCAACUAAACUUAUUUCAUUAUUUCAAAAUGUUAUGUACCAUUUAUCACUACUGCCUCAGGUUUGAAAAUCAUGCUGAAAGCUAUUAAUAUGUACAUUCAAAAGCCUGUAAAUGCAUGUAUGAAAAGUCAUAUUCAAUAUCAUGUAUAUGCAUCUCAGGUUCUGAGUAGUGAUGGUUUCUUCUCUCUUUGUGAAUGGUUUGUCAAAAAGGAAAAAAAACAGACUGCAAUAGCAUGGGCCUUCUAUUAUUAUUACUGAAGUACAUGAAUUUUGGUUUGCUGAUUGUUAUAAUUUUGCAAUUGCUUGCUAAUAUUGUAAAAAAAAUGAUGAAUUCAAGUAAUUUGGCAUUACAGAGGUAUACUCUUGUAGACAAUUUUGGAUUAUACGUGUAUGGGUCUUGUAGUCUUUGCAAUGCAGCUAUUGGUAAUGCGACCUUCAUCUUGAAAUGGCAACUAUUCAUGUAAUCAUUGCAUGAUAUUUAUUCAGAGAGGGGGUUGAAAGUUCAACUUAGGAAUAAGAGGGAGGAGAGACCUGCUUGUCACAGUUCUGUGUAUGCGCCCUUCUAGGCGACCCAGAUUGGCUGGGACCUCCAAAAAUGCGCCUUUGAAUGUCUUUGACAGAUAUAUGGCGCUAUACAAAUGCUGUGCAUCAUCAUCAUCAUAUAAGAUCAACCCCCGUCCCCCUCCCCGGGCGAAAAUUGCAGUUUUGCCAAGGGCGUAGGCUGGUUUGUGCAUGGGGAUAAGUCCCCCCGUAAUCAAGUGAUUUUCUAAGAUAUAGUGGGCAAUUCCAUAAAAUGUUCGUCCGACCUCAUGUAUGUGGGACCUUCAUGAAAUUUUCUGUCUCUGAUUUCUGGUUCUUUUGAGUCUGUAAAGCUCUCAAAUGAUCAUAACUUGGUCAGUUUAUGAAGUGAAGUAAAACUUGAGAAAAAUGGGGGCCGGAUAUACAAAAAAGGUAGAUUAUUUUAUGGAAUAGCCCUAGUAUGUACUGUAUAGUGUAAUAUAUUUAAUGUGCAUACAAAAGGAAUGAAAUAAGAAACCUAUUUUAAUCAUGUAUGAAUAAUUCAAUCAUAGUAUGAAAAUAGGCCUAGCCUGUUGGUUAUGUAGUAAUUUAUAAAAGUUUUAACAUUGCAAUGAAAUAUCAAUAUAUUUUAAUAGAUUUAGGAACAUAGUAAAAAAUAUGAUAUUGAUUAUCUUUUAACACACAUGUAAUACUGAAAUCUUUGAUACUACACCCUUUGUUCUUUUAAAAUUGAAGUUGAAAUAUGUAUUUAUGAUGGUAAAGUUUUUCAUACGAUUAAUGUCACAUGAAUUUUUUAUUGAAGAGUCAUGAUGCACGAUUUUGGCCUAUUACUAUAUUUGCCUCUUCAUUUUUCCAUGCAUAUAUUUCAUCCCCUUCAGGAUGUUAUUUGCAUAUUCAAUGCUGACAAUUUUUGCAGAUAUCUAUUAAAGCAUAUAUAUGAUAUUUUGAAUAUGAACAUUUUAAUAUUUGGAUAAACCAAUUAUUAAUAGAACACAAUAUUAUGCAUCUAUGUUUAUUUGUAUGUAUUACUUCUCAUAAUAGAGUGGCGGAUACUGGAGUUUGAAAUGAGGGGCACAAAUAGCAAUUUUGAACAUCUAGGGGGUGCAGAUUGUAAUUUUUUCCUUGAUUUUAUACCUACAUCAUCAUCCAAUGGAAAGGGGUGCGUGUAGCUAUUAGAUAUUAAAAAAGUUUGGUUUAAAAUAUUUAAUAGAUUCUAAAGAUUGUUGGUGUGUAGGUAGAUGACACCAAAAUACAGGCUAAGUUCGAAUUCGGAGUCCGCAGGUCAAAGGUCACAGCUCAUUAAAUAUGCAAGUUGGUUUCCGCAUGAUAACUUAUGAAAUAUUCAACAGAUUUUAAAAAAAUUGUGUGUGUGUAGGUACAUGACACCAAAAUACAGGCUAAGUUUGAAUUCGGAGUCUGCAGGUCAAAGCUCAUUAUAUAUAUGCUAGUUGGUUCAAUAAUUUUGAAUGAAUUUCUGAUCGCAUUAAGCGGGGGCAUCUGUGUCCUUUGCACAUGUCAAAUUUCUAGUUUUGUUUUUAUAUGACAAGUUUACAAUGGAAUGGCAUCUUUUUGCUUGUUUAAUAUCUGUAAUUGCCCAAUCCAUAGAUAUCUGAUUCUACAUUUGCUGUUGUUUUUGCCAUUGUAUUUCUUUACUUUUUUAUUUUCAUUUUUUUAAAUCCAGUUUGUUUUAUAAUAUAUUUUUAGUUUGGCCCUCCCCUGUCUUCUCUGGGUUCAAUCCUCUCAGCUCCUCCCUCUUGCUGUUUGUCAUAAAUUCUUAUCUUUGUCUUCUUUUAAAAAUUAUGUAUAUUGACUUUAAUCAAAAGGGGCCUUUUAAAUUUUUUAUUGUUUUAUAUUUAAAGAAAAUGGUUUAAGUGCAAGAAAUUAUUGUUUUUAAAUCUAUAUUAUACAAUCUUCUUUAUGAUUUUAUAGUAACUUUAGAUAUAUUGGUGUAAAUGUUCAGUUUGUAAACCAAUAAAAGGAUUAUGCCUGAACUAUUAACAAUCAA